GGCGGGGCCUCCUGGGAUGAAGCGGGGGCGCGCAGCCCUGGUACAUCAGCCGCCGCUGCUGAGAACCGUAGAGUCUUCCCAUCCUGAGGCCGGCGCGCAGACCUCGGGUCCUGGAGGCUCCGGGUUUCCGGGCACUGCCUCCGGCCGUCGUCGUCACAGCGGCCCGCCUUUCCCCAGCUCUGAGCGGCCGAGGUCACCAUGAGUCCGGGGUUCCGCCGGGCCGUCGCCGGGCAGGGGGCGGCGGCCGCAGUGCAAUUGCUGGUCACCCUGAGCUUCCUCCCAAGUCUCGUCAAGACCCAGGUGACUGGAGUUCUGGAUGAUUGCUUGUGUGACAUUGACAGCAUUGAUAACUUCAACACCUACAAAAUCUUCCCCAAAUUACAAAAGUUACAAGAACGAGACUAUUUUCGUUAUUACAAGGUUAAUCUGAAGCGACCUUGUCCUUUCUGGGCAGAAGAUGGCCACUGCUCAAUAAAAGACUGUCAUGUGGAGCCCUGUCCAGAGAGUAAAAUUCCAGUUGGAAUUAAAGCUGGGCCUUCAAAUAAGUACUUGCAAGUGGCAAAUAGUACCAAAGAACUGGAAGACUGUGAGCAGGCUAACAAGCUGGGCGCCAUCAAUAGUACAUUAAGUAACGAAAGCAAAGAAGCAUUCAUUGACUGGGCGAGAUAUGAUGACUCACAGGAUCACUUUUGUGAACUUGAUGAUGAACGAUCUCCUGCUGCACAGUAUGUGGACCUGCUGCUGAACCCAGAGCGGUACACUGGCUACAAGGGCUCCUCGGCAUGGAGGGUGUGGAACAGCAUCUACGAAGAGAACUGCUUCAAGCCUCGGUCUGUGUAUCGGCCUUUAAAUCCCCUGGCACCCAGCCGAGGGGAAGAUGAUGGAGAAUCAUUCUAUACAUGGCUAGAAGGUUUGUGUCUUGAGAAAAGAGUCUUCUAUAAGCUUAUAUCAGGACUUCAUGCCAGCAUCAAUUUACAUUUGUGUGCAAAUUAUCUUCUGGAAGAAAACUGGGGUAAACCUAGUUGGGGACCUAACAUCAAAGAAUUUAAACGCCGCUUUGACCCUGUGGAAACAAAGGGAGAGGGUCCAAGAAGGCUGAAAAAUCUAUACUUUUUAUACUUGAUUGAGCUUCGUGCUUUGUCAAAGGUGGCCCCUUAUUUUGAGCGCUCAAUUGUUGAUCUUUACACUGGCAACUUGGAAGAAGAUGCCGACACCAAGACCCUUCUGCUCAGCAUCUUUCAGGACACAAAAUCCUUCCCCAUGCACUUUGAUGAGAAGUCCAUGUUUGCGGGUGACAAAAAGGGGGCCAAGUCACUAAAGGAGGAAUUCCGGUUACAUUUCAAGAACAUCUCGCGUAUCAUGGACUGUGUCGGAUGUGAUAAGUGCAGAUUGUGGGGGAAAUUGCAGACUCAGGGUUUAGGAACUGCCUUGAAGAUACUAUUCUCUGAAAAAGAAAUCCAGAAACUUCCGGAGAACAGUCCAUCUAAAGGCUUCCAGCUUACUCGGCAAGAAAUAGUUGCUCUUUUAAAUGCUUUUGCAAGGCUUUCAACAAGCAUAAGAGAAUUACAGAACUUUAAAGCAUUAUUACAGCACAGGAGGUAAUGAAGACUUUUCUGUCUCCGUAGACAUAACGGACUGUGUGAAGCCUUUUAGCCUUGGACAUUGAGCAGAGAGACUAAGUGUCUAAGACUUCAAGAAUUUCGAACUCUUAAAGAGAAAAUUCAAAUGUUCACUUGAAUAUUUAUGAUCCUUAAUAGACUAUCAAUUAGAGAUAUUUAUAAAUGAAGUAUAUACUUUAAAAUUGUAAGUUAUACUAAUCCCAUGUUUGUUUCACAUUGGUUUUAUUUGUAUUGUAUUACCACCCUUCAUUCCUAGUUGUCAAACUUUAAGUGACUGUGUCUAUCCUGAGAAGACUAUUCAGUCUGUUAUAGAAAAAGAACUAGGGAACCAGUGCUGCCUAGGGCUGGUCUCAGUGACAGAAAUUUGUCAAUGCUGUAGUUAGUGUUUUAGCCUUGCCUAACAGUGUGUCAUCUUCUGUAACACAGGGCUGUCACUAUAAUGAAUAGGCCUUUCAAUGACUAGUGAGAGAGGUUCUGGAUGACUUCCCAGGACUUCAACCAUUUUAAGAUGUUUAGUUGCUGUUGCUGCUUUGGUUUUGGCCUAAAGGGUCCUGCCUUGGUGAAGGUGGGUAAGUGCCCUCCCACGCUCACUUGGCCAGAUGUCCUAUGUACACCGGCUGGCUCAAGAGUGGAGUGUCCUUUACUAAAGCCCACAGCUCCCCUUCUUCUGACUCCUUUGUUCCUCUCCUAAUUAUAAACAUUUUCAGUUAUUUUAUGAAAAGCCCUAUUUAUUUAAUGGAUUGUUUAUUCAUAAACUUUGAAUGGGAUCCUAUGGGUUUAUAAUGCUACUGGCAUUAUACACAAAUUUUGCUGUUUUAAAGUAAGCAUUUUCAAUGUUUUAUUUUGAACACAAUCUAUGCAAUCCUCUACCUCUUUGUGUGAUUCCUUCUGGUGAGAUGCUUCGCAGGGGUCUCACCCCCUCCCACCUUCCAUUCAUCCCAGAGCAGCCAUCCUUGGUGUGACUUAAGACAGUAGAGGACUUGAAGGACCUAGACUGUCAUUUUCUAAACCUGGGAUUUAAAGUCUUUCAAUGUUUUAAAUCUUGGUUCUUUUAAAGGUGGCAGUGGAUAAUGGGAUUACUUGAAAGGUUUUUAUCUAUGUGGAAGCAAUUCGAGUCCAAAGUCUCUUCUCCUUAGAUUCCAUCUUGCUGAAGUAAACAGUAAGUGCUCUUACCCACAUUUUAUCUGCCAAAGUCUGGACUGUGUUCCUUGUGACUUCAUGGUGUGUGCAGAUUGAGUUGCUCGGUCCUCUUGAUGCUUCGCCAUCCACUGUGGAGGUGUGACGGGGGACUGGGGCCUCACUAGUUACUUCCCUCCUAUUUCUAACCUUUAUAAACUAAAUGUUUUGUUGAUAGUGGGGGAUUUUGUAGGUUGAUUUUUCUUUUAAGCUAGCUUCCAGUUUUCCUUUUUCUUUGCUUUUUUAGAGUUGCAAGCAUUACCAGGUGAUGGGAGUGGGCCACCGUAAGACAAAAAGUCUACAAAGUGAAUACCAGUGACCUUGCUAGUUCAUCAGUAAGAAGUGUUCUGUAGUGUCCAUUUAGAAUGUAAGGAAAUGUGAAAUUUUUUCACUUUGUCUAUUUUUAUUUUAAAUGCAGAGGUCAUUUUGGUAAUGUCACUUACCAUUACUGCAGGUAUAUGCUAUUGUCUUAAACUAUUUGCUUGAGGAAAAAAAAUCUUAAUUUCCAUUUGAAUUUUUCUUAACUGUGGUUUGCUUCAAGCUUAGGACACAUGGUAGUAUUAGAGUGUUCUAGGGAAUUGAAAAGAUGUGGUUAAGUUAAAACGUACACAAGGCUAUACUGAAUUUCCUCAGUAAGGCAAGUAUUUUUAAGUUGGUAUUUGUUGGAUAACUUUUACAUACGUUAGGAUUGUGUGCAUGGCCUAUAUUUCUGCUGUCUGAGGACCGUGGAGAUUGUAGGCUGGCCCUGGUAAUGAGUCUGGUCCUCAGGAGGCUGUCUGCCAGUUCUGUCACCAGUGCCAGGGGAUCACUGCUUAGCUGAGAAUGCUUGACAGCUGGAGCAACAGAUGCUGUCUAUCCAUGUCUCGUCACCUACUGCAAAAAUCUAGCAUCGGACAACAAAAAUUGACGGAAACGACCAGACCUGAUGGCAAAAUCAACAUGAAGAAGAGGAAGUAUUUUCCCUGGGUUGCCUACGUUGGUUUUUCUUUAAUGGUAUUGGUGUUAGACAGAUUAUAUAUAUUAAAAUAGUCAAUGUUCAGUAUUCAGUAUUGGAUUAUGUGGAGGAUCAGACAAAACAAGAUCUUAGUUUUGAAACUUGACAGGUCAAAUGUUGGGCCCCUGUACCAUGUGUAUGAAACGCUGUGCCGUAUUUCUCGACUCUGCCUAGGUGCCACUGUAUAUAAGGAAGGACAGCCUUCAGCUGGACAUCUGGAAACAGUUCACAGUAGGCCUCUCAGCAGUUUGCAGAUUGAAGUUCCCGCAGAAGCCAUAGCUAGUCACCAAAAGGCUCAGACCAGGUACACAGUGUCAUGGAAACUCCUUGGUACAAGCCAAGCACAGAAAUCCACAUGUCCUUUAUUUGAAAUAACAUCUACAGGUACAGCUUUGAGUUUUCUGAGCAGAAUUCCGAAUAAUUCACUGUUGUACCCACCAGAAUCUAGACCAUGAAUUAAAGUACAUGUUUCUGCAAUCUUUUUAUGCUUUGGUUU